AUGACAUCUGAGAUAGAUUUUGUCGAUCUGAGUUACAAGUCGCAAGAAGAAAUGGAACAAGUCUCGCCCUCGCCAACCGUACUCCGAUUAAGCGUACACGACUCGAACAGUGAUGACGUGAUUGAAGAUGAGGAGACCCCAGGUGAAGUGCGUGACGGAACCUUUUGA